AUGAUUUUCAAAUCUCGUUUUCCCGAUAUUGAAAUUCCGAAAAUUGGAGUUUAUCAAUACAUUACGAGUAAUCCUAGUGGAAUUGAUGAUGAAAAACUCAUCUUUGUUGAUGCUAUAACGAACAAAAAAUUACCUUUCGGUGAAUUUAAAAGGGAUACAAAGAGAUUUGCGGCUGGUUUAAUUCAUAAAGUCGGAUUUAAACGUGGAGACGUUUUGGCCAUUUUCUCUCUUAAUCACCUUGAUUAUUCGACAGUAGUCUUUGGUGCAAUUGCAGCUGGAGGAAAAGUCACUCCAAUUAAUCCAUCAUAUAAGGUUAAUGAAUUCACUCAUCAGUUAAAAGAUUCUGACGCAUCCGUUAUUAUCGUUAAUCCUUUAUUGCUCUCAAUCGCGAUUGAAGGCGCAGCCGCAGCAAAUUUUCCCAAAACCAAAAUAUUUUUGUUCGGUGAAGAAGAAAUUAACGGAAUUCAACCUUUCUGGUCUUUCAUUUCUGAUCAAGAAAUUAUUCCUGUUGAAUUUACACCAGAAGAAGCGAAGUCAACUACUGCUUACUUAUGUUAUAGUUCUGGUACUACGGGAAAGAAUAAAGGAGUUGAAACUACACAUACCAAUAUUGUAUCAAAUUUAGCUCAAUUAUCCGCUUUCGAAAAAGGAUUCACUAAUCAAACCUCUCUCAUCGGAUUUCUUCCUUUCUUCCAUAUGUACGGGUUGAUCUUUCUUAUACACCUUGUUAUUCUUAAGGGAGCUUCGUGUGUUAUUCUUCCUAAAUUCGAAUUAGAGCUAUUUUGUCGUGUAAUUCAAGAUUAUAAAGUAAAUUUAGCUACGGUUGUUCCACCUGUCGUUUUGCUCUUGGUUAAAAAUCCCAUUGCAAAGAAAUAUGAUUUAUCAAGUUUACAAUUGGCUAUAUCCGCUGCCGCUCCUUUAAGUAAAGAAUUAAGUAAUGAUUUUACUAAAAUUCAUAAAAUUCCAAUCAAACAAGCUUACGGCUUAACCGAAACGUCUCCAAUUACCCAUCUCGCAAUGACUGAUAACAUUGUCGAUGGCUCGAUUGGAAUUCUCCUUCCAAAUGUGGAAUGUAAAAUAGUUUCAGUGGAUGGUCAAGAGCUCGGAUAUAAUGAACCUGGCGAAUUUUACGUUCGUGGACCAAAUGGUUAUCUUAAUAAUAAAGUAGCUACGGACAUGUGUAUUGAUAAAGAUGGUUGGUUUCAUACUGGAGAUAUAGGAUUCGCUGACCCUCAAGUAGCACCAGCCGAACUUGAAUCGGUUCUAAUCAUUCAUCCGUUAAUUGAUGAUGCUGCAGUAGUUGGUGUAUAUUCCAACGACGGUGUAACAGAAUAUCCGGCUGCAUUUGUAGUAUUAAAAACAAAUAUCAUUCAAUCCGAUCAGAUAAAAGAAGAGAUUAAAGAAUUUGUUUCUCAAAGAGUCGCAGAUCAUAAAAGAUUACGUGGUGGUGUUUACUUUAUUGAUCAAAUUCCUAAAAGUCCCUCUGGUAAAAUUUUGAGAAGGUUGUUAAGAGAUAGAGUUAAACAUAUGUAUAUUUCAAAAUUAUAA